UAGGAUCCAAUGGAUGAAUAUCCAAUUCAGCGUUUUUCGUUGACUGAAACUGGGUGCAGUCUUCUUCCACGAACACGAUGGAUACAGACAUGGAAUGGCCAUUAUACAAAGCAUGCGAGCUUCGCUGCAAAUUAUAUUACCAAAUAAUUUUUUUUUUCUCUAUCAAAUGGAUCCUGCAGCUGCUUUACCCAUUGAUUAUCUUCUAAUGGAUUCAGCUUUAUACGAAGCACUGGUGGAAGGAAACGAAGAAGAUGUAGAUGAAUCUCUUUGGUACAAGAUGGAACAACAUGGCGGCCGCCAGGUGACGCCAAAGGGUAACACUAUCCUUCAUAUCGCGGCUCUAUAUGGUCACUUGCAUUUCGUGCAAAAGAUUCUUGAAAAGCACAGUUCUUUGUUAUGCGUUCCCAACAAGAAAAAUGAAACUGCGCUUCACAUUGCUGCAAGGGAAGGCCACAGUGGGGUCGUCUCUGCGCUCAUCAACUGUGCCAAAGCGCGCCCAGAACUCGAAUCUGGGAUAGGAGCAAGAGAUAUGGUGAGGAUGAUGGAUGGCGAUAAAGACACAGCUUUGCACAAGGCGGUGAGGAAAGGGCAUUUGGAAGUUGUUAAAUUGCUGGUGAAAGAGGAUCCCGAAUUUGAGUUUGGUGCCAAUGAGGCAGGGGAAACCCCACUUUACAUAGCUGCAGAGCUCCAAUUUCAUGAGUGUUUGGUCCAAAUCUUGAACAAUUCCCAUAGACCUGUUUUCAAUGGACCUCUUGGCCGAACUGCGCUUCAUGCAGCAAUAAUUCAUAGGGGGAGCCCAAAAGAUUCCACAAAGUUAUUGUUGGAAAAAGAAGCAUCUUUGUGUGAGGUGGGUGACAAUUGGGGUUGGACGCCAUUACACUACGCUAUAAGGCUACAUAAUGAGAAAGCUGUUGAGGAGAUUCUGCAAGUAAAGAGCAGUGCAGCAUACAUCCCAGCAGGAGGCAAAGAAGGUGAGUGGACAACUGCAGUUCAUAUAGCAGUAAGUGAAAACUCUGUGGUUUUGUUCAAACAAAUAUUACAGCAGUGCCCACUCUGUUGGGAGAUGGUUGAUAGCAAAGGUCGAAAUGUCCUUCAUGAAGCAAUUCUGAAUGAUGCAAGAAAGGUUAUCAAAUUUAUCUUAAAUUCUCCAAAAAUGGAUCACCUUGUUGAUGAGAAAGACGAGGAUGGUGACACUCCUCUACAUUUGGUUGCUGCUUCCAACAACUAUGUGCCACAAUUGAUCCCUCAUCCAAGACUGAAGGGUACUGUGAUAUUUAAUAAACAGAACUUGACGCCACUGGACAUUGCAUAUCAGGAACCACCUUUGGUUGCCUUAAAGCCUAUGCUAAUUAAAGUUGGUUGGAAGCGGGGUUGGCGUUGUGACCUAACAAUGAAAACAAAGAGGAAUGCUUGCAACCAUGGUGGAACCAGCAGGACGCAAAUGAUACAGAAAAGGAAGGACCGCGAGGAAAUGUAUACUAAUAGUGUGGCGAAGGUAGCUCAGACACACAUUGUGGUGGCGACUCUAAUAGCAACAGUAACCUUUGCAGCCGGGAUCACAUUACCAGGUGGCUACAACAACACUGUGGGUGAAACCACCCAAGGGAUGGCGAUUUUAUUAGGAAAGUCAGCUUUCAAAGCGUUUGUUAUUACCAAUGCUAUUGGCUUUGUGUGCUCCAUUGCCUCACUAACUGGAUACAUCCGGUUGGUGGGAGAAGCCUCGGAUACUAAGAGAUUAGAAAUUCUGGAAAAUGUUGGUUUUUACUCGGCUCUUAUGCUUGAUUUAUCCUUGAUAGCAGUUGUGCUUGCAUUUGCAACGGGGAUGUUCGCAGUUUUAACACAUUCAACUGCCCUUGCGGUGGGGCUAUGCAUCAGUAUUUGUAUACUUGUCGUAGGCCUCAUCAGUUUCCCCGUCUUCAUAGGUUACAAAGAAAGAGGGCUCAUUGUAAGCAAAUUUAAAAAAUAUGUGAUAAUAAAGAAAGCUUAAUUAGCUAGCUCAA